CAAACCUAUUCUCAAAGGCGAAAUGCGAAUAAGGAUCCAUUAUCUAUCUCAAAGGGCUAUAAGCAUGGAGGACUAGAAGGAGGAGAGCAUUGCACUCACUGUGGAAAGUCAGGACACUCUUAUGAUGGUUGUUUCAAACGAAUUGGUUACCCGGAAUGGUGGCCAACGAAAGGAGGAAAUAAAGGAGAUCGGGCCGAGACCAGACGCAAUCCAAAGGCUGCUCAAAUCAAUCUAGAGACGAGCCCCAUUCCUGGAUUAACACCAGAACAAUAUGGAAGACUUGUUGAGCAGUACUCCAAGAUAGAUGACUCAACCAUUGAGGUUGCCCCUCCCUCUAUGAACAUGGCUGGACUUACGCUCGAG